CUGCGGUUCUCCCACCAACGCAGCUCUGGGAGGCCAAGAGGUUCCCGUUGGUGGCUGGGGCCCACUGGGCCAUUUUGGUUCAAUUAAAAAAUAUCAGAGGAGACUCUGGAGGCAAGGGAAAUCAUGAAAAAUAUGUACAUAGAGUUAGGAAACAGUGCUCUAAACCAGUAGAAGGUGAAGAAAGGAUAGCCAAAAGAGAAGUAGAAAGUAAGGGAAACGUUCAGAAAUUGAAAACUCCUGUGUCCCCUACUUAAGCCACCUGCACAAGAGAAGAUGUUCAGAGAAGCUAGAACCACGGUUCCCAGACGUGCCCACCCCAGCCAGGCCAACAGCAUCUGUAGGAUCUCCCAUGGUCCUGCCCUGCUCCUUCUUGGUAGCCCUGAUGGUGCUCAGCUGCCACUCCCUAGGCUCUCUGGGAUGUGACCUGCCUCGGGACCACAGCUUGCUGAACUGGAUGGCCUUGAUGCUCCUGCAACAAAUGAAGAGAAUCUCCCUUAUCUUUUGUGACAAGUACAUAAAUUACUUUGCCUUUCCCAAGAAGGUAUUUCACAGCAAGCAGCUGCAGAAGGCUCAAGCCCUCUCUGUCGUCCAUGUGACGAAGCAGAAUAUCUUCCACCUCUUCUGCACAGAGGCCUCACCUGCUCCCUGGAACAAGACCCUCCUGGAGGAAUUGUGCUCAGGAAUUUAUCAGCAGGUGAAUGACCUACAAGCCUGUCCCCUGCAGGAGGCGGGGGUGGGAGAGACGCCCCUGGUGAAUGGGGACUCCAUCCUGAGGGACUACUUCCAGAGAAUCUCCCUCUAUCUGCAAGAGAAGCAAUACAGCCCUUGUGCCUGGGAGAUGGUCCGAGCAGAGAUCAUGAAACCCUUGUAUGCAUCAAUGAUCUUGCAAGAAAGAUUAAAGAGCAAGCAAGGAGACCCAGUUCAACAUGGAAAUGAUUCCCUCUAACUAAUAAUAUCAGACUUUCCACAGUUCUGCUGUCCGGAGUGUCAAAGACACUCAUUUCUGCUGUUGUCAUGGCAUGAGUGGAAUCAAUUUGUCACAUUAUCUCAGGAGUACUAAGCAACAUCAAGUGAACGGUACAAGCUCCUGUGACUUUCAGAUGAUCAUGCUGACCUGCCUAUUUAACUAUUUCACUAUAAGAUUCAAAUUAUUUUUCUCUGUAUAAUACAGGCACAUUUUCACUUUGUGGCAAUACAAAUAUACAUGCUAUACAUCUAUUAAA